AUGCCAGAAUACAUUGAUCCUUGGUGUUAUAUACAUGAAGAAUUAUUUUAUCCCGACGUCAAAUCUGACAUUUACAGUCUAGGACUGAUAUUUUGGGAACUUACAAGUGGGAUACUGCCAUUUUUGAAUAUUUCUAAUAAGCUUGCCAUAGGUUGGCUUGUUGCUUAUAAAGGCCUUCGAAAUGAAUCUAUCUCAGGCACACCAUCAGAUUAUAACAAGCUUUGUAAUAAAUGCUGUGUUAUUUGUCCAAAAAAUCAACCAGAGCUAGAUGAAGAGUUUUGCAUAUUUGACCAUCCUGUAUCUGAAUGGAUUCUUAACAAGGUCUCAUUCACAUCCAAUGAAGAAUUUACAAAAAUUAGAUACACAGCCAUCAAAUGCGAUCCAGACGAGUUUAUAAAUAAAAAAUAUUCAAUUCGACAAAAAAAUAAUAAUCGAGAUACUGAAAUUAUGAUUGUUAUUACAAUGUAUAAUGAAAGUGAUUCACACUUUAUUAAAACAAUGUCUUCUGUCAUCAAUAAUGUGGCCUAUCUUUGUUCAAAAAAAGAAUCAAAAUCAUGGGAAAAUGAAGGUUGGAAAAAAAUUGUUGUGUUAAUAGUGUCAGAUGGUCGUAAUAAAAUUAAUAAACAGACUCUAGAUGUCCUGAGUGUUAUGGGUUGUUAUCACAGUGGAAUUGUGCAAAAUGGUAGAAAAGUAAAAGCACAUCUUUUCGAAUAUACUACACAAUUAAUGGUUGAUGAUAAUUUUAAUGUUCAAGGGAAAGACAAUAACAUCCCACCAGUGCAAGUAAUGUUUUGUUUAAAAGAAAAAAAUGAAAAAAAAUUAAAUUCUCAUCGUUGGUCUUUCAAAGCCUUUGCGGCUCUUUUGGAACCAAAGAUUUCUUUUGAUCGUGAUCAUGAUGUUGGUGGUGCUUGUGGAGAAAUUAAAGUAGAUCUUGGCCAUAAAUGUAGAAACCUUCUCAAUCCUUUAAUCACAUCACAAAAUUUUGAAUAUAAAAUGUCUAAUAUCUUAGACAAGCCGUCAGAAUCUGUUUUUGGUUAUAUAUCUGUAUUACCAGGUGAGACUACGAAUGAUUCAGGUGCUACUAAGACUGGUAUAUUCGAAGCAAAUAUGUAUCUGGCAGAAGAUCGUAUUUUAAGUUUUGAACUCGUCAUUAAGAAAAAUAAAUCAUGGAAAUUAAAAUACAUAAAGUUAGCUAAAGCUGAAACUGAUGUCCCAGACAAUGUGCCUGAAUUUAUUUCUCAACGUCGUCGCUGGUUGAAUGGAUCUUUCUUUACCACUUUCUACUCUAUUGCCAAAUUUACUCAUAUUUGGAGAUCUGGACAGCCAUUUUAUCACAAAAUAUUAUUACAAAUUCAAUUCGUUUAUAAUGGCAUGCAAUUAAUAUUUAACUGGUUCUCAUUGUCCACUACUUCAAAUCCUACAACUGAUCCUUUCAAUGGUUAUGGAGAUAAUUUAUUUGAUGCUGCUCGAUCGUUGUAUUUAGUAAUUAUUGUAAUCAUUUUUAUUUGUUCAAUGGGUAAUCGUCCUCAAGGAACAAAAUUGAUAUACACACUCUCAGCGUCUAUAGAUUUUAAGAACCCUUUGAAAAUUCAAGAAGCUUUAAAGAAUGCAGCAUUCCGUGACAUCGUAAUUUCUGUUGCUUUAACUUACUUGCUAUACCUUUUUUCAUCCUUUAUUUAUUGUGAACCAUGGCACAUGCUUAGCAGUGAUAAUAUUAAUAGUGGAGUACAGUCAACUAAUGAUGAUAAUAAAACCAUUAAAAUUGAUAUUAUUCAAGAAGAUUAUAAAGGUGCUACAUACGACAAUAUUAUUGAUGAACUAAAAAACAAAAAGCUUGAUGAGAAACAACACCGCAAUGCUGUUAUAAAGAAAGAUGAUUAUUAUAGAUUAUUUAAAACAAAUUUUGUUCUCUCAUGGAUAUUUACAAAUG